AUGAACAAAAGUAUUGGAGAUUGUACAAUACUUAAACUUAAAAAAAAUUCAGAACUUUUACGGCCUAAAUUUGAAUCUUAUAAAUUAAGAAGUGAUAAAGAAAUACCAUGUUUAUACCGUCAGAAGAUUAAUCAUUGUCCUGUAAAAUUAUCUUUACCGUCUCAUGCAAAAGUUGGAUAUCAUGAAUGGAGAGUGCGUUUACGUUGGAAUCAUUUAAAAAAUGGUACUCGGGAGUGUUCUACUAUUUUUAUUUCACAGGAUGGCGCUUUUGUAGAGCUUUCUUGGGCAAAAUCUGAAGGUGAUGUUGUUUUUCAGGAAAGAGUUAUUACGAACAUUGAAAUACCAACAUUUUCAUAUAAAGGCACAGGCUAUGAUGAUAUUUAUUCAUAUUUUCCUGAUUUAAAAGUUUUAACAGAAACUUUUAUACUGGCUACAGAUGGUGCAGGGAAAUUAUAUUUUAUCAAGCUAUUAGAGAAUUCAGUGCAAACAGAAAUGAUUGCCUUUUCUACAGACGAGCUUCAGUCACAUCCUUUUAUCAUUUUAGAUGCAAUUUUUCAUUCGGAUAUAAAAAUACAAAUUUUGAUUGCUCAUUUAAAUGGAAAUAAAGAAGCAGCAUCUUUAAGAUCAGUAAGGUAUUCUAUAAAAGAUAUUCUUUGUGAAAAAAUUGAAAAUUCAUGGACAUUGCAUAUUUUGAAUAUAUUUUUUUCAAAAGAGAUACCCAUUUUUGCUCGGUUUUUACAGGAAACAUCAACUAAUUUAACAAUUAUUUUAGGUGUUCAUGAUAGAAUCCAAAAUAAUUUCAAAAACAAGAAAGAUUCUUCCUAUUUGUCUGAUAAUAAAAUACAUUAUACAUGGAUUCAGACACCAGAAGAAGUCUCUUUAUUUUUAACAUUAUCUGAAACAAUUACUAAGCAGGAUAUUUUUAUCAAUUUUUUUGAUAAUCAGUUGCAAGGGCCAUCUAAGUAUGAAGAACUCAAGUAUAUAUUGAAUCACAAAUUUUACGAUACAAUCCUUCCAUUAGAAUCAACAUGGAAUCUUUCACAAACUCCUUUUUUUUCGGAAAAAAUUCUUGAAAUCACCAUGAAAAAGACCAUUGUUGGUCUUAAAUGGUUACGUGUUUUUGAAAAAGAGGAUAAUGCAUUAGAAUUAGAAAAUUUAUCAGAUAGAAUAAAUGUACUAAAAGAUCUUUUAAAGCCUAAGCUAAUUAUGUCAAAAAUUGAAUCAAAUGAUGAAUAUGAUUUAGAUAAUGAGGACAUUGAAAUUUAUUUCUUGCAGCAGUUUAAAGAGGGUUUAUGUAUUGCUGAAGUCAGUGGCGUGAAUGUGGUUGGAAAUCAAUUUGUAAAUCAAAAGAAUAAGGCUCUUACUUUGCCUGUAAGGUCUAAUGUUGAUACAUUAAUUUAUGAUAUAAGAAGUUCUCAUGUGAAUUCUUUGAUGGAUUUAACACAUUCUGCUACAUUUCCUGCUUUGUCAUAUAUUUCUUCUUCAAAAAUAUCAAAAAAAUAUUUAGAAUAUAGUUAUACUAACAAAUUUGCAAUUAUUGUCGAAUCAGGUGCCUAUAGAAAAGGUUUAUAUAGUAGUCAGAAUAUAUAUUUGUAUUGGAAUGUUGAUAAUAAUCAAGUAAUUAGUCAACAAAGUGUUGUAAAAUUAGGGAUGGAAGCUUUGGGGUUAUGCCAGGUUGGUGAUCAUGAAGUAAUGAUUUUGGGUGAAAACGAAGGAAAUCUUGCUGUUCUUUUGAUGACUAAUAUAUAA